GCUCGGGACGCCGGCCCCGCCCAGGUACCGGAGGCCGAGGGAGAAGCCGGGCGGAGUUUCCAGAGGACCGAACCGGGCGCGCGGGGUGGCGGCGGCGCAGGUCUCCUGGCCGAGUCCCCACUUCCGGCUGCUCAUGCCACUGGGACUGGGGCGGCGGAAAAAGGCACCACCUCUGGUGGAAAAUGAAGAGGCGGAGCCAGGCCGGAGCGGACUGGGAGUCGGGGAACCCGGGCCCCUGGGUGGAAGUGGAGCAGGGGAAUCCCAGAUGGGCUUGCCCCCACCUCCUGCUGCCCUCCGCCCUCGCCUUGUAUUCCACACCCAGCUGGCCCACGGUAGCCCCACGGGCCGCAUCGAGGGCUUCACCAAUGUCAAGGAGCUGUAUGGCAAGAUCGCUGAGGCCUUCCGACUACCAGCUGCUGAGGUGAUGUUCUGCACCCUCAACACCCAUAAAGUGGAUAUGGACAAGCUCCUAGGGGGCCAGAUCGGACUGGAGGACUUCAUCUUUGCCCACGUCAAGGGGCAGCGCAAAGAGGUGGAAGUGUUCAAGUCUGAGGAGGCGCUGGGGCUCACCAUCACCGACAAUGGGGCCGGCUAUGCCUUCAUUAAGCGCAUCAAGGAAGGCAGUGUGAUAGACCACAUCCAGCUCAUCAGUGUGGGUGACAUGAUUGAAGCCAUCAACGGGCAGAGCCUGCUGGGCUGUCGGCACUAUGAAGUUGCCAGGCUCCUCAAGGAGCUGCCCCGAGGCCGCACCUUCACCCUCAAACUCACAGAGCCUCGGAAAGCCUUUGAUAUGAUCAGCCAGCGUUCAGCGGGUGGCCACCUUGGCUCGGGCCCACAACUGGGCACUGGCCGAGGGACCCUCAGGCUGCGAUCCCGGGGCCCUGCCACAGUGGAGGAUCUGCCAUCGGCCUUUGAGGAAAAGGCCAUUGAGAAAGUGGAUGACUUGCUAGAGAGCUACAUGGGGAUCAGAGACACAGAACUCGCUGCCACCAUGGUGGAGCUGGGAAAAGACAAGAGGAACCCAGAUGAACUGGCAGAGGCUCUGGAUGAACGACUUGGUGACUUUGCAUUCCCAGACGAAUUCGUUUUUGAUGUCUGGGGAGCCAUCGGGGAUGCCAAGGUUGGCCGCUACUAAGACUGGAAAUGACCCGGACCUUGAGAUAACGUGGGCGUGGCCUGGCUGGGGUCUCCAGAAGGGGUGCCACAGCCACGACCUGAGCAUCCAGCUUAGGCACGUAACGCAGCACCCUGGGGAUGGCAUGGGGUAUAAGUGGCCCUGACCCACUCUGUCACCACGGUGCCCAGCCUGGUGAGGGUCCCCGGCCAACCCCUGCCGGGUCCCCACCUACCUCAGUAGAGUAAGCGCAUGGGGAGGGACCAGCACUGGGCAGCCACCUCUGUCCCUGACACUUUCCACCGUCGGCUGGCAAACUGCCCCUCUGUCUCCCUGGACCUCAGUUCUGUUUGGGGUCAUGACUUCCCUACUUUACUUUUUUGCUUUGUUUUUUUCAAGACAAAAUCUCACUACGUAGCCCUGGCUGUCCUGGAACUCACUAUGUAGAUCAGGCUAACCUCCAGCUCACAGAGAUCUGCCUGCAUCUAUAUUACCAGUGCUGGGAUUAAAGGUGUGCACCACCACGCCUAACUCUCCCUACUUUCUUGACACCAGAAAUGUAGAAAGGGGGCACAGCCCCCCUAGUAAAGGCAAUAAAACCGUCCCUUUUGGCAUCUCCCACCUGA